AUGGACGGACCAUCAUCCUCUUCCUUAGGCGACAGAAUUCGACUUAACGUUGGCGGAACCAUUUUUGAAACGACUCUUUCAACACUUAAGAAGGUCCCAAAUACGGUGCUCUCAACAAUGGUGGCUGAACGUUGGCGAGGUCAAGGCGAACUAUUCAUCGACAGAGAUCCCACACAUUUUUCCAAAAUUUUGAAUUACCUACGGGAUGGCGACGAAUUCAGUAUCCCACAAGAUAGAGAUGCAUGUGAAGAAUUACGAAGAGAGGCACAAGUAAGCAAUUAG